AUGGUGCUUGGAGAAGCCGUGACUCUCCUCCUGGCGGUCUGUCUCUCAGGCCUGGUUAUCCACUGGGAGUGGAAAUGGUGGCAUCAAAGGAGGAAACUUCCCCCUGGGCCAGCACCUCUGCAAUACCUGAUCUAUUUCCUGUAUCCAUGGAAGACAGGGCUGCUCAAGCCACUGAUGAAGAUCAAAGAGAAGUACGGCCCCGUGUUCACGAUGUAUAUGGGCUUCCGGCGGGUCGUGGUUCUCUGCGGCUACGAUGUGGUGAAGGAAGCCCUGGUGGACCAUGCAGAGGAGUUCAGCGACAGAGCUAAAAUGGCCAUAGUGGACAGACUCUUCAGUGGUUAUGGUGUUUUUACGGCUAACGGGGAACGGUGGAAGAAGCUCCGUCGAUUUUCCUCCGAAAUCCUGAGGAAUUUUGGGGUGGGGGGUAGCAGCAUUGAGGAGCGGAUCCAGGAGGAAGCCCAGUACCUGGUGGAGGAGAUGAGGAAAACCAAAGGUUCUCCCUUCGACCCCACCCUCCCCAUCUACUACGCCGUCUCCAACGUCAUCUGUGCCAUUGCCUUUGGGAACCGCUUCGAAUAUGAGGACAAAAAGUUUCUGAACUUGAUGGGCAUCAUCAACAACUUGUUUCUGGAAAUAAGCACCCACUGGAGCCUGCUCUACGAGAUCUGUCCAAGGAUCCUGCAAUUCCUACCUGGGCCGCACAAGCAGAUGCCGCGCAUCUACAAGACACUACACGAGUUUAUCCUGGAGAGGGUGAGGAUGAACCAGCAGAGCCUGGACCCCAGCUGCCCUCGGGACUACAUUGACUCCUUCCUCAUCAGGAUGGAACAGGAAAAGCAAAACCCACUGAGUGAAUUCAACGCCGCAAACCUGGUGGAUAGCGUGACGCAACUAUUUGGUGCUGGGACAGAGACAACUUCCUCCACCUUGAGAUACGGAUUCCUGCUCUUAGUCAAAUACCCGGAGGUGCAAGGCAAGGUGCAAGAGGAGAUCGACCGCGUCGUCGGCCAGAACCGCAGCCCAGCCAUGCACCACCGAGGCCAAAUGCCGUACACCAACGCCGUGAUCAACGAGGUCACGAGAUUCGCCAACAUCCUCCCCGUGGGAAUUCCACACACCCUGACCUGCGACGUCCACUUCCGGGGGUACUUCCUUCCCAAGGGUACGGAUAUUUGCACUGCCUUAGGCACUGUUCUCCAAGACCCCAAAUACUUCAAGGAUCCAGAAAACUUCAGCCCCGGGCAUUUCCUGGACGAAGAAGGCCGCUUCAAGAAGAACAAUGCUUUCCUGCCAUUUUCCGCAGGCAAGAGGGUGUGUCUGGGCAAGAGCCUGGCCCUCAUGGAGCUCUUCCUGAUCCUAACCACCGUCUUGCAGCGCUUCACCCUGAAAUCGCUGAAACCCCCGCAGGAAAUCGACCUCACCCCAAAAAUGAAUGGAUUUGGGAUCGUUCCCCCCAGCUACGAGAUCUGCGCCUGCCCACGUGAGGAAGAACUGCAGGACGCAGCCUAGGAGAGUCACAGCAGCGCACCGAGCAGGACAAGGACAUCACGACCCCAACGUAGCAAGGAGACGCGCGUGACUGAGGAAGACCUUCACACAGGACGUUAUCAUUAGAAACUGAUAUUGCCCAUUGCUGGCUGUCAUACCCACGGUGGGGUUUUUUUCCUCAUGCUUCCUUUUCAGAUCCCUCCAUGGCAGAAAUAGCAGCAAGUAUGCAGCAGUGGAAGGUGCGCAGCCGGUGGGGAUGAAUAUGCUUGCUCUUCCGGUUGAAGCACAGGGCUUCCUGGGCUCCACAUUCACAGCCCAGCGGUCAACGCCCUGGACAGCGAUUCGGGGCUCCUGGCCAUAGAACAGGAUGGGGUUUGCCGACUGGAGCUGGGUACUGAGCCUUGCGGAGAAGAGAUGCCUGCUCCUGUGCUAGGAACAAUCCCUUGGGCUUUCACUUCUGCCGGGAUGCGUCAUUUUUCUGAAAACUUGCAGCAGCUGCUUGCAAUAAAACCUUCCCAA